AGAAAGCUCUGUCUCGUUGGUCCGGGCCGCCGCCGCUCUGCGCGGGCACCGGAAGCGAGCGGUACCGGUCAUCAUGGAGGCGGCAGCGGCCGUGCGGCUGUGGGUGAAGACGGAGCCAUUCGUGGUGGGGGUCCUGCCCACUCCGCCGCCCGCCCGCCUCGGCCCGCACUAUCUCCGGAAGAUGGCGGCCUACGCCCGAGCGCGGGCGGCCGAGGGCUGCUUCCCGCGGCUGUCGUGGCCCCGCUGGCGGCACAUCGCCUGCGGGAAGCUGCAGCUGGACCGCGGCCUAGCCUGGCUCUACUUCGAGCUCUUCCACAGCGUUCUCCGGCCCGACCCGCCGCGCAGCCUUGAGUGGGCAGAGGCCGAGGCAACCUGUGCCAGCGCCGAGGAGCUGGAACAGGAGCGGAGCAAGCUGUCGGUGGACACGCUGCAGUUCCUGCUCUUCCUGUACAUCCAGCAGGUAAGCAAGAUGUCUCUGCGGAGGUCUCUGAUCGGGGAGGAGUGGCCCAGCCCCCGGACCAAGUCUCCCAGCCUGACUGGAAAAUCAGCCAGCGAGAGCAAGAUCUGGAACGAUCAGGACCACCGUGCCUUUGUGCAGAGCCACCUCUUGGAGAUGCUUGAACUGCUGUUGGAGCCUGAGCAGCUCAGUGCCUCCUCCCAUUCAACCCAGAGCAGCCUGGUGUCCUAUGAAGCUGUCUGUGCCCUCAGCUUCCUUAUUGAAGGAACUGUGAACAAAUCCAGGACGGUCCAUCCACUGCACGAGCUUGCCGUCUGGCAGUCCUGUCCUGGGCAGAAUGGCUACUCAAAGAUCUCUAGAGCCUUCUCUUUCCCCAAGCUAGAGAGCUGGCUGCGGUCUUGCCUGACAACAAACCCUUUUGGAAUGACUGCCUGCCUCAAGUCUGGGAAGAAACUCGCAUGGGCACAGCAAGUUGAAGGAACAACCAGAAGAGCAAAGAUUGCCUGCAAUACUUGUGUGGUGCCUGAGGUGUUUCCCAUGGUGAUAAUGAGUCAAGUGUACAAGCAGACGCUGGCCAAGAGCUCGGACACCCUGGUAGGGGCUCAUGUAAGAAUUCAUCGCUGCAAUGAGUCCUUCAUUUACCUCCUCUCUCCCCUCCGGUCUGUGACCAUUGAGAAGUGCCGGAAUAGCACUUUUGUCCUCGGCCCUGUGCAGGCAUCUGUGCACGUCCACAGCUGUGACAGCAUCAAGGUCAUCGUGGUUUGCCAUCGUUUGUCCCUUUCUUCCACUGCUGGCUGUACUUUUUACGCUCUCACACCUACCCAGCCUCUCAUCCUCUCGGGGAACCGAGCAGUCAGCUUUGCCCCUUUCCACACCCACUAUCCGAUGCUUGAAGACCACAUGGCUCAGGUGGGCUUGGCCACUCUGCCAAACUACUGGGACAGUCCCAUGCUGGUGUGCAAAGAGAGCAGUGACAAGAGUGUUUUCCGCCUCCUGCCACCUUCGGACUUCUACACCUUCGUGAUUCCUUUUGAGAUGGAAGGAGACACCACGGAGACGCCAGGUGGGCUUCCCCAUGCGUAUCAGAAGGCGCUGAGUCAGCGGGAGCAGAACGUGCAGAUAUGGCAGAAAACUGUGAAGGAGGCAGGCCUGACCAAGGAUCAGAGGAAACAGUUCCAGAUACUGGUAGAAACCAAGUUUUAUGAAUGGCUGGUUCAGACAGGGAACCGUCAGCAGCUGGAUAGCCUUGUCCCUCCUGCAGUAGGCUCCAAGCAGGCAGCAGGAUAGCAUCCCAUUCCUGUGCAGCAAAAGGAAUGGAAGGCAGAAGUGGUUUAGGAGCCAGAGACAAGCCUUUAUCAUGCUUUUCCACAAGUUUUUGGUGGCCCAGAUGGGACACUAUUUGGACUGGACCUUGCUUGGGGAAUCAUCGCAGCCAGAGGGAUUCGCCAGAUGAACUCCAGCACACACCGGUGUGAUUAUCCGGGGACUUUCCUGGCGAACCCCUGGUUGUGGUGAGUUCUUGAGCGAUGUCCUAUACAAGAUAUUGUUACUAUUAUUUCUGUUUUGAUUUCACCCCCUGAGCAACUUGUAUCAGAAAAGAUACGUAUCAGAGGAGUAAAAGGCACCUGAAGGUAUUCCCGUGCAUGAUUACGGUGGUGACUGGAGCAUGUGGAGUUUGGAUUAUUGUUAUAUUCCUAAGAAUUGGUUUGGGAUGCAUAUUGGCCCAUCAGGGCAAAUAUAGGGGAGAUCUUUUAACUUGGAAGAAGUUCUCUCUCACUUUUUAUCUGGCACCAUGCUCAGUUUUUCCUAUGCUGAGGGGCCACCACUGAUUACAAGACACUGUUAGCUUAACUGAACAUAGUGCCUGUUUAGCAUGAGAGGCAAGAGGGACUUUUAACCAAUAAGUAAAGGGUGGAAUACUAAUUGAUUGUGUAACUCUCAAACAAAGGACACUGAUUACAUUGUCAAAAUAUAUAAAUAGCUUAAAGUUACGAUCCUGGGGGUGCUUGAUUUGUGGAGACUUCUGAGCACUGUGCAGAGAGUAAACAAUGUCUCCUUUCUGAACUAGACUCCGUGUCUUUGUUUAGAAAGUCCCAAAUCGGCAACAAAGCCAUUAGAAACUUUGGUUUGUUUUUUUUCCCCUUUUCUUUAUUCUCUAAGUUGCUUAUUCACUGUUGGUGCUGUAGUAAAAUUUUCUCCUCUUAU